AUGAAUUUCGAUCAGAUCCUCUCUGCAAUUGGAGGCUUUGGCAAAUACCAGAAAAUUCUCUACAUAUGGAUUUGUUUACCCCAGAUCUUCCUCGCCUUCCACAUGAUGGUGAGCAUCUUCACAGGAGCCACGCCGUCACACCAGUGCAGGGACAGUCCGAGCUCAGUGACCGGGACGGAGGCUCUGACACCCGCUUCACUAAGCCUAAACUUCAGCACCUCAGAUUCCUCCUGCUACUCUUCUGAGGUCCGUUUGCAAGGCAACGGGACCGAGCGUGUCCCAUGUGGCCACGGAUGGGUGUACAGCAACGAGACUUUCCAGAGCACAACAGUCACAGAGGUAGAUCACCUUAUAUGAUGCUGACUUCAGAGGCCAUCUCUGUAAAUAUAGAUCAAAAUGUGCAUCAGAAGAAAUGUACAAAGGUUAUCAUGUUCAAAUAAGUGGCAUAUUAAAAGAAGGCUAAAUCAAAGAGGAAUUCUCCCAGUAAACUAGAAAUAAUUCAAGAAAAGCAGCAAACAUGAGCUGACUAGUACAAAGUAAGACAUAGCAUCAAGAUAACCUAUAUAAGCUAGUUAGGAAUACUAAUGCAAACAUGAUUGUGACAAGAAACAACCUUCAACAACCUAAGAUUAAAACUUCUACACAAAGUCCCAACAGCCUAUUGUUUGAAUGUGUUGUCAGUGUUUGGUAUGGAGCCAUGGGGCACAGCAACAUGACUCAUAAACAACCCUUGGUCCCCAGUUUAUGUUGCAGCUGGUUUGCACAAUGACUUUACUUAUAAGACCUAAUGGUCUUAAUUGGCUAUAGCAAUAUCCCAAACCAUUGUGGUCUUACAGGAAAGGAUCCAGGGUUGCCAGCAUGUCCUAUCCUAUCAUUUUAUGGUAAGGUGUACAGUUAAAACCUCUUGUCUUUAUUUAGCAUACAGCCUGGAAAUAUAUUUCUAAACAAAGUUGCACUCUCUUUAAUAAUAAGAUUAAUUUAGAAGAGGGCACAGAUUUUGGGACAGACAUAGCUAGACUAGCUGUUAAACUGUUUUUUUCUGUCUUUAUGCUAAACUAUGAGCCUUAGAGUAAUAAUAAUAAUAAUAAUAAUAAUAAUAAUAAUAAUAAUAAUAAUAAUAAUAUUUUAAUUAUAUAGCACUUUAAAAAACAAGAGUUUACAAAGUGCUUUAACAUGCAGAAAAACAAAGAAGAUAAAAACAACAGAACAACAACAAGAGGACACUUGCGGGAAAGAGCCUUGAACACCAGACUUAAUCACAGACUACAUGUCCUAAUGUCUUAUUACUGGCAAUAAAGAAAUAAAAUGGAAAUCGGUGUAAGACAUAAAAGCUUUGAUGAGUGUUCUAUUAGCUGAGGCGUCAUUAAAACAAAGACAUUAAGACAAAGACAUUAUAAGAACCCUUGAUACCCAGCCAACACAGUCAGGAACCCAACCACAAAAACCUGAGACCAAGGGGACUAUUAUAAAACAUGAAUAAGAAGAGUAUCAAGUAAUCAAGUAUUGUAUUGUAUUUUUAUCAGCAAUGAUAGUAAUAAAUACAGCAACAGUGAUGCUUCAGCAGUUUGCAGAUAUGGGCCUACAGCCUAAAAGAAAUCACCAUAUCAUGUUUAUAUGGACUCACAUCAGAGAAUUCAGAUUUAGUAAUUCGAGCUUUUACACUUGAAGUCAUUGGUUUGUUCAAAAUCAUUGAGCGAGGAAUUAAAUUUGUGUUUUUUUCCACACUAUCUCUGUUCCACUAACAAACACCCUCUCACUGUUCGUUGUUUUCUUAUACCAGUGGGACCUGGUGUGUGACAAAGCUGCACUGAACAGCCUUGGUUCGUCUAUCUAUAUGUCUGGCCUACUGGUGGGAUCCCUUGUGUUUGGGGCCAUGGCAGACAGGUAGGCUGUUGCUUUGUCUUUGCAAAAGGGUAAGUAACCUGUUAUUAUGGAAAGACAGAAGACACAGCGGGAGGUGUUUGACACAUCCUGCAGAUAAAGUUCAAAGGCUCAUGUUACCUGCCAAGGCUUAGGACUGAUUCUUUGAAUGUGAUUUAUCUUAAAGAUCCAGAUGCUUAUGUUUGUGACAAAAGUUGUAUUAUUUUCCCAUACAAUAUUUACUCUUCUUUAUGAAUAAGGUGAAUAUUUGCCUGUAUGGACUGGUCUCAUCUUAUCACAGAAAAGUUCAUCAUGUACUUAUUUAUGCAUGUGCUUGGAAAGCAAACUCAUGUCCAUGCAUUCUCUCUGUGUGUGUGAAAGGUAUGGCCGACGUUUCAUCCUGCUUCUGUCCAUCGCUCUUCAGACUGUGUUUGGAGUUGCUGUGGCCUUUGCACCCAGCUUUCCUGUCUAUGUGGUUCUUCGCUUUGUAGUUGGCACUACGAUCUCUGGGGUCAUCAUCAAUGCAUUUGUGCUCGGUACAUGCCAAACAGAGUUACUCAAUUUCUUUAAUAAAAGCUCAAAUUAACUUAUGACAGAGGCUGUUUGUUUCCAGGAAGCUCAGACAUGAAAAUAUCUCUUAGUCGCAAAAUUACGAUUUCUUUUAUUAAACUUUUAAACUCUUCAUCUCUCUGCAUCUUCUGUUCCCAAAGUAAUUUAUAAGGCAUGUAAAAGUUCCAUGAAUAUUAACAUUAUUAUAAGUGGUGACUGUGAUUGUUCAUCAUUUCUCCAUCCCAGAAUGUAAAUCCUUGCCACCACCUUCAAUCCCCAAACCAACAUCACAGUUUAACCCUCUUCUCCUGAUCCUCCUCCUCUUUUCCACCCCCUACCACACCCUGUCUUGUGUUUCUAAAGGCACUGAGUGGACCUGCACUAAGAAGCGAAUGCUAGCAGGUAUCAUCACGGACUAUGCGUUUGGUCUGGGCUACAUGCUACUGGCAGGCAUAGCAUACUUGAUACGAGACUGGAGAAAGUUGCAACUGGCCAUAUCAGCACCUGGCUUCCUGCUUUUCUUUUAUAUAUGGUGGGAAGAUCACACUGAACAUUAGAUCCACCGUGUAUUCAUACAUUAAGACAUUAUAUUCUCCCUUAUAACCCCUCUUUUCCUCCUCUCUGCUUAUUCCCGGCUCUUUCUUCUAUUUCUUUCCACUCUCUGUCCUCUCACUCCCUCCUGUAUACUCCCUCUUUCUCUGUCAGGGUGCUCCCUCAGUCUGCCAGGUGGUUGUUGGCCAAUAACAGAAGGGAAGAAGCCAUUGCACUCCUCCGCAAGGCAGCACUUGUUAAUGGUCGGGUCUUACCCCCAGUUGUACAGGUAUAACUCUGGACAUUUAAUUGUCAUGAUAAUCUCAUGUCAUAAAGACCCCUUAACUGAGCAUUUUAAAGCAUAUGGAUGGGAGCAACAUUUAUAAAAAGCUUAAACCAACAGGGCUUUUGUCACUUUCUCCACCCCUGCUAGCUUUGUUUUCCUGCUUUAUUCAUUUUUUCACUGCAGAUGUAAAUAUGGUAAAGAGUUCAAAAAAUUUUUUAUCUGAGGACUUGAAAUAGAGGAACAGCAAACCUUGUUCACAGACUGUAUUUGAAGAUCUUUACCAGGAUAUACAAUCUGUGAUCUGGUUCUGCCAAAAACACCAAGAUAAUGGCUAUCAGAGCCUCCAGGAGUCAUUAAUACGCCUUAAUAUUUUGUACUGAUGAAAAAAAGUUUCAUGGUGGGUAAGAGUUGAUGUUAAUUCUUUAAAAGUAAAGAGAGUAAAUUGGUGUAUUCCUGAUAAAUCCAUUACAAAAACAAAUAAAAAUCCAGAUUUACUCUAUUUUAAGCUCCUGUGAGGAACCUCCAGUUUGUGCCAAUUUUGGCGCCCCCUGUGGACAAAGCAGGCGCUUCCUAUCCCCUUAUAUACUGUAUGUAUAUAUGCUUGAAUAGUGUUUUCUGACAAAAAAAUCAUAAUUUAGACUUUUGACACCCAAAUGUAUCGCUUCCUGUGAAUAUUUUAUGUAGAUAUUGUAAAAAAAAAAAAAAAAAAAAAGGCCUGUUUUUGCUGGCAAGUUUCAGGCAUUAAAAAAAGACAAAUAUUUUCAAUCUUGUAGCUGAGGGUCUUGUUUGCAUGUGUAUAUCAUAAAAAAACAAACAAACAAAAAAAAAAACACGGAUAUGAAUUUCAGUCUGCUUAAUGUUAAAAAAACUCUUCACAGGAACUUUUAUGCUCAUUUACCAGGUGAGAAUGACAUUAAUGGCACCAGGAUGUCGUAUACAAUUGUUUCUAAUUAAUCUACAUUGUCAGUGUAAAUGUAAUGAGGAGAAAAGGACAUGUUACCCAAUUUAAAAACUCUCACUCAUUGCCAUGUUUUUUAAAGUCAUGUGGGUCCCUAUGGCACAGAGGAACAUGCUACAGCAGACCUGUUUCUCAUGGUGGAUGUAUCAGAGAUUAAAAUGACUUAUGAGUCUCACCUAACAUGUGUCCAGGUUGGGAAGGUUUUUGAAGGAGCCAAGCAAAGUCAUUCAGUGGUGGAUCUGGUCCGAACACCUAAAAUGAGAAAGAGGAGUAUCAUCUUGUUCUACAUCUGGUAAAUUGCAUGUGUAUGUGUGCAUGCUCUAAUGCUUUUAACAUCUUGAACAAAUCAAAAAUCGAACAAAUUCCUUUCAUUACUCAUCAUUUCUCAUUUCUUGUCUGUCUGUAUAACUACUCCUCUUUCCACUCCAGGUUUGUGAAUGUGCUGGUGUAUUACGGCCUCUCGCUGGGAGUGUCCAGGUUAGGGACAAACCUCUACCUGACCCAGUUUGUGUUUGGGUUGAUUGAGAUCCCAGCUCGAUCUCUCGUCCUGCUUGUUUUGCCCUGCAGUCGCCGAUUCUCUCAAAGUGGAUUUCUGGCUGUCGGAGGGCUCGCCUGUCUGCUCAUGCUCGCUGUCCCUGCAGGUAGGAUAAUCUCUGCCCUCUGGUGGUCUGGGAAGAAUGGGUCUUGUAAGAUCAUUCUUUAAUCUAAUAAUGAGGGAACAUGAAUAUAUUUCUCUGUUUUUGUAGAUCAGCCCAAUGUCCUGACUGGUCUGGCUAUGGUGGGGAAAUUUGGUAUCACCGCUUCCUUUGCUGUAAUCUAUGUAUACACUGCAGAGAUAUUCCCCACUGUGCUUCGGUGAGACUUUUGCUUCCAUGCGGCUUUCAGAGUGAUGUGUGUUUCAAGACAGAUUCCCAUCAUUUUUCCCCACUGUACUCACAGGCAAACUGGUAUCGGUGUAUCCAGUAUGUUUGCAAGGAUGGGUGGUGUGUUAGCACCCAUCAUCAACAUGCUUCACAACACCAGCCCAGUUACACCUCUGAUCAUCUUCGGUACCUCCCCACUGUUGGGUGCUGUCCUGGCUCUGGCGCUUCCUGAGACUGCUGGCAGACCUCUCCCUGACACAGUGGAGGAUGCAGAGAACUGGGAUGAAAGGUACAACAAGUCUUUGCAAAUCUCUAGUCCUGAGUCAAAACCUGAGUAAAGACAGGCGGGACCCAAGUGAAAUUACUAACUAUGAAUUUCCAGUCCCGAGUAAGUCUUGCACACUCAAAUGAGAUGCCAAUUUAUUGAAGCAAUAACUAGUUAAAUUUACAUAAUUUCUGAAUCAUUUUUGUACUUUUUUAAAAUAGUUUUUCCAAACUAUGGCUCAGUUUCUCCAAAUACAAGAAGUUAACUUCUUUACCAAACUCCAUAAAUCUCUCGUGACCAUAGACUGUAUAUAGAAUUGACGUCGUCUGCCUCCUUGCUGGGUGAAGCCACCACGAAAACAGCACCCUCUGGUGACGGGCUGCAAGCAUAUAUCUCACCUCCUCCAGCAAUCCCUGUGGAGCUGUGAACAAACUUAAGAAACUAAUUACACAAAAAAUACAUUUUUCUCCCCCGUGGUUGCGAUGUUGACAUGUAGUAACUGUAAGACUGGUUUGUGCUCAAGUCCUCUUUAUUCUGUACAGCUCCAUUUUUAAAAAAGUUAUGAGAGUGUUCAUGUUUUCUAUGAUUGACACUUGAUACAGCCUAUGGGUGUACGAAGAUUGCAUAGCUCACCUGAGGCAUACGCCAUUUAAGCAGAGAGGAUCAUCACAGCGACUCUCCUGCUAAAUGUGGACAAUGCUUCUGCACGAGUGGUGGUUCCAGGAAGUGGAGAAAAUCCCGAAAAUACCGAGAGCAAUUCGGCUUCAAAUCCAUAAAAUGAUGGUAUACUAUGGCCAAGUUGUCCAUAGUAUAUAUUGUGUCUUCACUUGUGACACACAGCGCUCUAAACCAUGUUUUCUCUCCUCAAAACUAGUUACAUCCAUCCAUCCACAAAAACAAAACCCACAUCUACAUACCUCUGUCUUACAGAGCAUUCAAUAAACAUUGAAAUCAUUAAGAGGGGGACGUGACUACGCAAACUUAACUUUCGCAUUGUAGUUUUAAGCCUUACUGAUGAAUAUAAGGUAACUCUGCCUUGGAAUAUAUAUUAACUUCAGUUUCCUUAAGCAAAUUUAAAUAUCAAACUAGCUUAGAAGUUGCUGUAUCCGUCUGUGAUUCUUGGCCUGCUGCAUGGUUUUAGCUGAUUAUCUACUAAUUUUCACAUCAGUGAAAGGGACUUCGGUAGUGUGUUUGUGCUGCUGGCACUGCUGACUAUUCAUUCAAUAGCUCUGAUGUCCAUCAGUGUAACCUUCCUUCUUCUUUACUGUUUGUUCUAAAACUUGAUAGGAUGGUGACAGAUGCUUCAAACAUUGUUGCCCUCUGUGUGAAUGAACAAAAAGCUUUCGCAAUAUUUAAGUCUAGAAGUAAGGGAGAAUAUAUUCAGUUUGAAAUUUCAUUUUUGAACCAUGAGGCUCAAGUUCAAGUCAUUGUUGAGUCGUAAGUUCUACAUAAUAUUAUCAAACUGAAUCUAAUGUUUUAGCGUUCUUGGAAAAAAACGUGAGAGAUCACUUUCUUUAUCUGGAGAAGUAAGCGUUGCACCUGCUGUUGAAGCGUUAUCACUAAUGUUUACAUAUUUGAUGCCCCUGAGCAGAACAUAGCGGUCCUGUUUGUACCUAUCUGAAGACCAAGCUUUCACCAGCCCAAACCUUCUGUUUUGUGUUUUGCAGGUUGCCUCCCAGCAAGAACCCUGUCAUGUCAGAGGGUAUUAGCCAACCAGUAAGCAGCACUGAGGAGCAAGAGUUAAGGCAUUUAGCGAGCCAGACCUAG